UUGGCUCUUCCGCUCACCGCUGAGGGAGCCGCCCUCUGAUUGGACAACGUUCGUGCCCCUCAGAUGUGACGGACGCCACAUUUCUCGCUGUGUUGAAAAUGAAACUGGCCUGCGUUUGACUUGAUAGGUAUCCACCAGAAAACGAAAUCAAGACGGCUAUGAAGUAAAAAAUCUUUGUAGACUGAGAAGUAAAACCCGAUAGAGCGGAGGAGCGACAACCGAGCGGUGAGGACUUCAUGUAGGGUGACGUUUUUAUGGCGGGGAAGCAGGCCUGGGCUGUCAAACCACGACAAUAACAACACCUGAACCAGUCCUUCGGUCUUAGCUUCUAUUAUUAUGUUGCUGCUGCGUCUUCAUUUGAAACAGAAAGCUGGUAUUUAUAUCUUUAACAUGGCAAAGAUGUGUGUCCAUAGAGAACACUGUUGAAGACAGCUUUAAGGAAAAUGUCUCUUCUUCUUCCUCUUCUUCUUCUUCUUCCUUUUUCCAGCUGGGAAUGUUGAGUCAACAGAGCUUGAUAGGACGUGCUGAUCUUCAAUGGAGGUAUGAAAAGUGCCCAUGAUAAAUUCACUAUGUUUCAUUAGUUUGACCACUCCUUUUAGAGAAGUAUGUCUUCAAACCGGUCAGUGCAAACUACAUCUUGGUUUGUUAUGUAAUGACUAAAGUGAUUGAGCUCUGGAUACACUACAAAAACUCAUUGUAAAGCUGUGAGAACAUCUCAAAGUAUGGCUCAAUAACCUUUGCUGUUUCUACCGUUACCCACUUUGGUUAUGUUCACAGGUUUUAGUUUCAGAAUAGUCAGUUUCAGCCUCACUUCAAAGAGAGGUUUCAGCAUAAAAAGGGCUUUACCACAAAAGUUUCACACUUGCACAACUUGUACUGCAGCAUUUGCACCACAGACAUACAUUGAAAUCAAACUUGGAGUCCGUCUGGGUGGAUAUGUUAUGUCUCAGCUGUGAUUCCACCUUUACCAAGUGGCAAAACAGGAGCUGCUAAUUUGUUAAUUCAAACAUCCGCUGCCAUCACACCUGUAUGAAAUGUCAAACCUAAGUGGUAUUCAACAAACACCUAGGAGGGUUUGUUAGAAAUCGAACUGAAUUGAACUGUUCUGAUGUCAUCUGUGGACAUUAUAAGGGUCAUAAGAGUUGAUUAUUAACUUGACAUUGUCCUGUGACAUGCUUUUGUUUGCUUCCUUUAUACUACCAGUCUUCACCUUUCUCUGCUUCAUAGUUUGUAGCAGUGGGCUCAGUAUCUUGGUGAGACUGAAGCUGCUGUCACCAUGGCUCACUUCGACACAGAAUACCAACGCCUGGAGGCGUCCUACAGUGACUCUCCACCUGGAGAGGAGAACCUGUUGAUGCAUGUGCCUGAAGGAGCCAAAUGUACGACAAUGCACAAACAAAUCACAAACAAAUCUUGAAAGCACAAACAGAAGCGCACGCUCCUCUUUGUACUCUGACUGUCAGAAUGAAGGCUAUUACUGAUUUGUUUUGAAUUUUUUACAGCCCAAUGGCAUCACAUAGAAAACCUGGACCUGUUUUUCCAGAGAAUAUCCUUUGGCAUAAUUUAAACAUGAGUGCAAAUAUACUUGUUUUCACGUCUGCUGGAUAGUGUGAAAGCGUCUGUGUUCCUUAACAUCUUUCACGUGUAUAAUCUGCACCAGAAGAAUGGAUUCACCUGUAUGCUGCUGGGAGAGAUCUUUGAGCUUGUGUAUGUAUCCUGCCUGUCAAAACAUUGCAUAUCCUGUCUGUCUGUUAGGGUGUGUUUAUUGAUAGAACAGGUCGUGCUUUCUGAAUAUCUUCUUGAACGUGCUUUCUUUUUUUCCAUGCAGCCAGUUGCUGUUUGUGGUCGGCUUCACAGUGUUUCUCGCGAACUGUGUGGAUUAUGACAUACUCUUUGCCAACAAGUUUGUAAAUCACACCGAUUCCUCAAAAGUCACCCUUCCUGACGCCUUCCUCUCAGUGGAUGUGUGCAGUGCAAGGUGAGUGACACUUAUGUGCAUUUUUUUUAAAUUUACAAAACAGCUUAAAUUGCAUUUUAAUGCACAGUGACGAUUGUACAGAUAUGGUACAGUUAUUUGGCUCUUUCUGUUUUCCCUUUCAGUAUCCGAGACAAUGCAUUUGUUAUCUUCGUGUUGAUAAUCUCUGGGGUGUUUUGGCUGCAUCGUCUGGUCAAAUUCAUCUACAAUGUCUGCUGCUAUUGGGAGAUCCGAUCCUUCUACAUCAACGCACUCAAAAUGACAAUGGUGAGACUGGUUAAAUUACUCAAAGAGCAUUAUUUCAGAUGCAGAGUUUGGUUCUUUUGUUUUGUUCAAUGGUACUUUCACUUUCACUUACUUUCGCUUUUCUUUUAUCUUUUAAGUCAGAACUCCCUUAUGCAACAUGGCAGGAAGUCCAGGCCCGGAUAGUGGAGAUUCAAAAGGAACACCAGAUCUGCAUCCACAAAAAAGAGCUGACAGAGCUGGACAUUUACCACCGCAUCCUCCGCUUUAAAAACUACAUGGUGGGUCCACCUGCAGAUAAAAGUGUCUGAUUUUUGUCUCAUGGAGUCACUACGAAUGAUUGAAACAGUGCAGCUUUAAACCAGAGGGCUUCUUCCUGUGUUCUCUCAGGUUGCCAUGGUGAACAAGUCACUCCUUCCUGUGCGAUUUCGACUUCCUGCUCUGGGGGACUGUGUUUUCUACACCCGGGGUCUUAAAUACAACUUUGAGCUCAUCUUCUUCUGGGGGCCAGGUGUGCCUAUGUUUCAUUUAUACAUCUGUGGAUGCAUUUCUACAGUGAAAGGAACUGAUCAUGCAUAUAUAUUCUUGUUUUUCUGGGUCUAAAACAGCUGUGCUUGCUCCAUCUCUCUAGGUUCUCUUUUUGAGAACGAGUGGAGCCUAAAACCAGAGUACAAGCGAGGAGGUAACAGGCUUGAACUCGCAGACAGGUUAGCAUCUCGUAUUCUGUGGAUUGGGAUCGCCAAUCUGCUGCUGUGUCCAGUCAUCCUGGUGUGGCAGAUUCUCUACGCCUUCUUCAGCUACACAGAGGUGAGUGAUUUCCUGGCACAUACAAUCUUUAAACAAUCUUCUUUUUAAUUAGGGGCUAGGGAUAAUGAUUUUCUAUGUGUGAUCAAGGUGAUUAAACGGGAGCCUGGUUCUCUCGGGGCGAGAUGCUGGUCUCUGUACGGACGAUGUUACCUACGUCACUUCAAUGAGUUGGACCAUGAGCUCAUGUCCCGCCUCAGCAAAGGCUACAAGGCAAGAAUAAAUCCAUCUUAAAAUUUUUACUCUUUUAUCAUUUCCUAUAGCAUUAUUCUUCAUUUUUUUCUUUUCAUGCAGGCUGCUUCCAAGUACAUGAACUGUUUUCUUUCACCGCUGCUGACGGUGGUCGCCAAAAAUGUUGCGUUUUUUGCGGGGUCCCUCCUGGCUGUCCUUAUCGCCCUGACCAUCUAUGAUGAGGAUGUUCUUGCAGUCGAGCAUGUGCUGUCGUCAAUCACACUUCUUGGAGUGUGUAUAACAGUCUGCAGGUAGAUUUAAGUCUUCUUAUUGAACCCAUCCGUCUUAUUCUCAUUUUAAGAACUGAUUUUAUGGUGGAUUUUCACAGAAACUUGAAAUAAUGAAAAUAACGGUCAUGCACACUUGUGUUGUUUACCAACAGAACAAUGAAUUUCAUAUGCAAACAUUAGAUACAGAUAUUUAAUGAGCAGAUUAAACACAAGGAAAGAUGAGACCAUAAGGGUAAAGGCUGUUACCCAUGAGCCAUUUCUUUUUAACCCACUUUAAAGCUUCUCAGAGCUGUAAUCCCUUUGAUAUUCCUGGGCAGCUUACUCUGCUGUAAAACUGAUGAAUAUAAGAGGGUUUCCUCCCUUAAGUAACUGCUAAUAGCUCAAGAUUUAAGUGUUUUGGGGUGUUUGAGAAAAUUCCCAUGAAUUGAACUGUAAAGAAAAAUCAACUUCUGUCAAUGUGAAUCUGCCUCUCACAUCUUGAGACACUUAUUCACAGGUAACUUAGGGUUUAACUUGGAAGGAUUUAUGAUAACAUACAUCAAAUCUCCGACUCUCUCUUUCUCUCUCUUUCAUUUCAGAUCAUUUAUUCCUGAUAAGCACAUGGUGUUUUGUCCUGAGCAGCUGCUGCGGGUUAUACUUGCUCAUAUCCACUACAUGCCUGAUCACUGGCAGGGCAACGCACACAGAUAUGAGACACGGGACCAGUUUUCCCAGCUCUUCCAGUACAAAGCCGUGAGUAUAGAUUCUGAACCGGGGAGUAGCAUCAGGACUUGAAUUAAGGAUGGAAAUCAGCCAGAGACAAAAGGGCAGCUUCCAUGGAAAAUACUCCAGUUUACAUCUUAGAUCUUCAAGUCACAGCUGUUCCUCUUGAUUUCAAUAGUGUAUCAUUCAUAUCGACUUACAAAUUCAAGUUUGAGUAAACCUUUUAUGUGUCUGUGUAAACCCUACUCUGCCACCUGAGUGUACAUUUUAAGCCUUCGCACAUCUGCUUUCUUCCAGGUGUUUAUUCUAGAGGAGCUGCUGAGUCCAGUGAUCACUCCCAUCAUCUUGAUUUUCUGCCUGAGGAGGAAGUCUCUGGAGAUCAUCGAUUUCUUCAGGAACUUCACUGUGGAGGUAGUCGGAGUAGGAGACACUUGCUCCUUUGCUCAGAUGGACAUCAGGCAGCAUGGACACCCUGCAGUAAGAAACCGCACAUAACAAGUGCACCCACACGGAUGAAUAUAAAUAGGAAAAGACUAUACAUAUCUAAGUAGAGUCCUGUUUUACAGACUGCAUGACCUGUGUUUUCUUGCUGUGUAGUGGAUGUCAGAGGGGAAGACGGAGGCAUCGAUCUACCAACAGGCAGAGGAUGGGAAGACGGAGUUAUCUCUGAUGCACUUUGCCAUCACCAACCCUCAGUGGCAGCCUCCUCGAGAGACGACACAUUUCAUCAGCCAGCUGAAAGAAAGAGUCCACAGAGAGGCCACAGGGGUCUCUUCAGAAACUCAUCCACUCUCACUGUCGGAGUCUGAGGUGCUUUUACGAACAAACACUUAUGCACAGUAUCACAGCAGUCAUAAGCUAAGUGUCAACACAUUUAUAGAGGUUAACCUCAGUUCUUUCUCGCCCUUUUUUCCCCUUGCAGCCAAGGAGCCUCAUCGCAAACCUCUUAGCAGGUCCCUCCACUGUGACCUCGGUUCAUUUCGGCAGGGACAGCUCUUUGACGAAUCAUGCGGCGGUUGGCUUAAGCGAUGGGGCGUCAGCAUUGCGCUCGCUUUCUCCAAUCAGUAGCAGUCUUCACCUGAAAGGCAGUUUGAGUGCCGCUCACAGGGCAGGACACACUUCAACCAUCAGCAAAGCAAUGGCCGGCUCUGGGUAGGAAACCCCAGAUUCUGAUUAUUUUCACUGUGUACCUGACAUUUCUUUUCCUCUCCUUUGAGUAACCUCCUUCUUCUGUCCAUCUUUUCCUGAUAUCUCUCUUCCUGCAGGACUGAUGCCCGUACAGUGAGCUCAGGCAGCAGUGCGUGGGAGGGUCAGCUCACCAGUUUGAUUCUGUCAGAGUACGCCUCCACUGAGAUGAGCAUCCAUGCUCUCUACAUGCAUGAGGUCAUUAAGUAUAAGAAGAAAAUCUCUCAGUCUGAUUCAAACCAAUACUCGUCAUCCUGCUAAUUUCAAAUCUUCAUCUUGUAGCUACACAAGCAGCAGUCCCGCGGCGAGCUAUCCCGUCACACGUGGCACAGGCAGGAGAGCGAUGAGAGCAGCGACAGCGUCCCCGACGAAGUGAGGAGCGAACCAAACACCCAGUCCAGACACUUCCCUCGCUCGCACACUUUCCCCACCGUGGUUCCCAGCCCCAGUGCCAUUCCUACGUCUGCGUCAGCAAACAGCAGUGCAACCAUGGGCCAGGAGGGGGCGUCAUCACAUAGCAGCAGCCAGCGACGCCACAGUGGACCCACAACAGGUACCUAAAUUUGUGAUUUCUCUCUAUGGUUCAUGCCACGUCCAUUAGACCAGAAUAUUAUGAUGCAAUGUCACACUCUUAUUCCCAGUGGGUGUUUUUUCUAUUUUUGUUUCCUUGUGUUUUCAGACUCUCUUGGUACAGGGGGAAAAGUCGUGAGGUCUGCCCGUGUGCCCAUGGGAGGCUGGGCAGAGGAGGGUCAAGCAGCACCAAGACACCAUGAACCAGUACCAGAGGAAAGCUCAGAGGACGAAAUGCCUCCUCACAUACACAAGGUGAAUGUUUGAUUGUGAUACAAGGGGUAAUUUUACGUACGAUCAUUUUGAUAAUUUCUGUUCUCCUCUCUCUUUCUUUUUAGAUUACAUAACAAAGCCCUGUGUCAGCCUCUCACCGUCCUCACCCUUCAAGGAUCAACACACAUUUUAAUGUUAACCACACCUUUGUCCAGGAUCAUCCACCUGCUCGGGCAAGGUUGAAGAAGGACAUAAUCAAAACAAAGAUGGCCGUGGUUGUUAAAGUGAACCCUUUGGAGAUAAUAAUUGACUUUUAAGAUGCCACAACUGGCAGACAGGGUAGAUUCCUGAAUUUGUGUACAGAUGAGGACCUACGGGUUCAAACAACUUUUUAAAGCCAUUGAUACUAUUAGAUUACUCUAAACCUUACUUUUAAUGUGAACGGAUCACACGAUGAAAGUGCAUUUGUGGCUGUGGUGUACAGAAAAUGUAUUCACAUCAGCCUAAGGGAUUUUUGCAGGUUGCCACUGAAGAGAAAAAUAUAAAAUACUUUACCCAUAACUAAAACUGUGCAAUCUACUACUAUUUCUAGAAACCUAGAUGGCACCAGGGGAAAUUUUUAAAGAAUGUACAGUGUCUGUCUAACAUACCCAACGUUUGAAAACUGUGUUUAAAGGUGCUGAAAACACAGACUUUCAUUAAUGUAUCUGUUCUCUCACCAAUAACAGAAGACUGUAGAUCCUAACCUGUGCUCUGUCAGCUUGCAGUCUGCCUUUUCAAAACACAUGAAGGCCUCACAUCGUAUAAGUUCACCUUAUAUUUUAUAAUAAGGUAUUUUAAUCCUCAAAAUGUUUCAUUAACCUCUGCAUUUAUUGCAUUAUAGAGCUCAUGUGAUUUUCUCCAAUCUGAAUUUUCUCAGAGCCUGUUUGAAGAUAAUUUCCCCACACACCGUGUUAUUCUGCACAAACAUGUACUAUGUAAAUACAUAGAAACAGAUUAACUUGCUAUCAUAUUUCAGAAGACUGGAUUGCUCAUAGUUACACAAGUAUAAAGCCUGUUUCUUGACCAGAAAGGAAAAAGGGUGCCAUAAACAAACAAACAAGGAUGUUUGCAUGUGAUGUUGACUCCUGUGCCAUACUAAAAGCCCUCCAGCACAAGUGCAUGGCCAUUAUUCACACAUUCAUGUUAAGGGUAGGAACACAUCUAACACUGGAACUGUGAUAACAUCACAAUCCUUCAUGUCGGGUUAAACAGUAGCAUGACUUUUCCCUGUUCUUCUGUUGUUAAGCCGCACUUCUGUCGAAGAAUGAUGCACUUUAAUGAUUUAUAAAUGCAGAGGGUGUCACCUGUUUGUAUUUGUAUGCUGUUGUGUGUAAAUAUAUUUUUUAAAUAAUAUUAUUUAUCAAAGGGAUGUGCCAUGAUGACAGACAGGUGUGAAUCAAGGUAAAAGAAGCACUGUCUCACCUGAAACAGCGUUGAAACGUCUGAUUAAAAGUGAUUGUGUUCAGGGUUUUUGCUGUUGUUUUAUAAAUACUGUAAAAUGUCAGAAUGUACAGCUGUAAAUUCAUCCAUUAAAGACAACAAAAUGACCAAAAUGUGUGAAU